ACAAAAUUACCAGAACUUAUCUAAAAUUGGACAUGCUCAGUCCCGAAUCGUCGAUUUUUAGCUCCAAACAUAAAAACAAAUGAAUUACAAACAAAAAAAAAGCGACCCGUUUAGAAAGGAGAAUCCGAUCUUAGCUUUAUCUUGUAACCUCUCCACCAUGGUACUACAGAAUACUGGCAAAUUUCAGGCUGAAAAAGAUGCUAAUGAAACUGGAGGUUCACGUGAAGAUUCAACAGAAAAACGUUUAAAGCGAGCCAUUCUUAAUGAUGAAAUUGAUACACGAUUUGGUUAUGAGCGCUACAAAGACACAACUGAAAAGACAGGAUGGUUAAUUAAUAUGCACCCAACAGACAUUCUUGAUGCAGACAAAAGACUUGUAAGUGCUGUAGAUUAUUACUUUUUACAGGAAGAUGGUGGGAGAUUUAAGGCUACUCUCCCAUUUCGGCCAUAUUUUUAUAUAUUAGCAAAAGCUGAAUGUGAACGAGAAGUGGCCAGCUUUAUUAACAGAAAAUAUUCUGGAAAGAUAGCUGCACUAGAAACUGUUUAUAAAGAAGAUCUGGAUUUACCUAAUCAUCUUGUUGGGUUGAAACGAUCAUAUAUCAAGCUGUCUUUUUUUAACACUGAUGACCUUGUCAAAGUGAGAAAAGAUAUUUCUCCUGCUGUCAGAAAAAAUAAAGAGAGAGAGAAAAAUUUGGAUGAAUAUACAACUAUGCUGACCAGUCAUUAUGCAGGUGAAGAUGCUUUAGGAGUUUCUAAAAAAAUAUCUGAUCAGAUGGAAAACAUCAUCGACAUUAGAGAGUAUGAUGUCCCCUACCAUGUGCGUGUCUCAAUAGACCUUAAGAUAUUUGUUGGACAUUGGUAUUCAGUGAAAGGACGUGGAUCUCAUGAAUUGGACAUAAGACUUCGGGAGGACUUGGUUUCAUGGCCUGAUCCUGUAGUGUUAGCCUUUGACAUAGAAACAACAAAGUUGCCACUCAAAUUUCCUGAUGCUCAAACUGACCAUGUUAUGAUGAUCUCAUACAUGAUUGAUGGCCAGGGAUAUUUAAUUUGCAACAGUGAAAUUGUUUCUCAACAAGUUGAAGACUUUGAAUAUACACCCCGACCAGAAUUUGAAGGACCAUUUACCGUUUUCAAUAUGCCCGAUGAGAAAAGUCUACUCCAGAAGUUUUUUGAACAUAUUCAGGAAGUCAAGCCUCACGUAAUUGCAACUUACAACGGAGAUUUUUUUGACUGGCCUUUUGUUGAAACUCGAGCUGCUAUUCAUGACAUGGAUAUGUUUAGAGAAAUUGGUUUCCAGAAAGAUUCCCAGGGAGAAUAUAAAAGUCGACCUACAACACACAUGGAUUGCUUUAGGUGGGUAAAACGUGAUAGCUACCUUCCAAUGGGAAGCCAAAAUUUGAAAGCUGUUGCUAAGGCUAAACUUCGUUAUGAUCCAGUGGAAUUGGAUCCAGAAGAUAUGUGUCGAUUGGCAAGUGAACAGCCUCAGGUAUUGGCUAAUUACUCAGUCUCUGAUGCAGUGGCCACAUAUUAUCUGUAUAUGAAGUAUGUCCAUCCUUUUAUCUUUGCUCUCUGCACCAUUAUUCCAAUGGAACCUGAUGAGGUUUUAAGAAAAGGUUCUGGUACUUUGUGUGAGGUGUUGCUAAUGGUCCAGGCCUUCCAUGCUAAUAUCAUCUAUCCCAACAAGCAGGAGUCCAUUCUCAAUAAAAUGACCACAGAUGGACACGUACUUGACUCAGAAACAUAUGUUGGAGGACAUGUGGAAGCUUUAGAAUCAGGAGUAUUUCGUGCUGACCUCCCUUGUCGAUUUCGUAUGGUUCCAGCAGCUUUUCAAACUCUCCUUGAUGCUGUUGACAGAACACUUAAAUUUGCCCUUGAAGAGGAAGAAAAAGUUCCAUUAUCUGCUGUGGUGAAUUUUAAUGAGAUCAGUGCAGACAUCAAAGAAAAGCUGGCUCAGUUGCGUGACUGCCCAAACAGAUUAGAAAAUCCUAUUAUCUAUCACUUGGAUGUUGGUGCCAUGUAUCCCAACAUCAUCUUAACCAACAGAUUGCAGCCUCCAGCAAUAGUGAAUGAAGAAACCUGUGCUGCUUGUGACUUUAAUAAACCAGGAGCAAGAUGUCAGAGAAACAUGCCAUGGAUGUGGAGGGGAGAGUUCAUGCCAGCUACUAGGAAUGAGUUCUACAGAAUCCAACAACAACUUGAGAAUGAAAAGUUUCCACCUCAAUAUCCUGAUGGUCCACUUAGAGCAUUCCAUGAACUGUCUAAAGAAGAACAAGCUGCUAUAGAGAAAAAAAGAUUAGCAGAUUACUGCAGAAAAGCCUACAAAAAGGUUCAUACAACUAGAAUGGAGGAACGAACUGCUACUAUUUGCCAAAGAGAAAAUAGCUUUUAUGUGGACACAGUAAGAGCUUUUAGAGACAGACGAUACGAGUUUAAAGACCUUACAAAAGUUUGGAAAAACAAACUAACAGAUGCAGAGAAGAAAAAUGAUGCAGCUGAAAUCAAACGAGCCAAUGGAUUGUUGGUCUUGUACGACUCAUUGCAGUUGGCGCAUAAAUGCAUUUUGAAUUCUUUCUAUGGAUAUGUCAUGAGGAAAGGAGCUCGCUGGUACAGUAUGGAAAUGGCUGGUAUUGUUUGCUAUACUGGAGCUAACAUCAUUACAAAAGCAAGAGAGAUUGUUGAACAAAUUGGACGACCUUUAGAACUAGACACUGAUGGAAUUUGGUGUGUACUUCCUGCUAGUUUUCCUGAAAACUAUACAUUCAAAACAACAAAUCCCAAGAAACCAAAAGUAACUAUUUCCUAUGCGGGGGCCAUGUUGAAUGUAAUGGUUAAAGAUUUUUUCACAAAUGACCAAUAUCAGGAGUUAACUGAUCCAGCAACACUGACAUAUACAACUAGAUCUGAGAACUCAAUAUUUUUUGAAGUAGAUGGUCCUUACUUGGCUAUGAUUUUACCAGCUUCUAAAGAAGAAGGCAAGAAACUAAAGAAAAGAUAUGCUGUCUUCAAUUUUGAUGGAUCUUUAGCAGAAUUAAAGGGUUUUGAAGUGAAACGUCGUGGUGAACUGGAGCUCAUCAAAAUAUUCCAGUCCUCUGUGUUUGAAGCUUUUCUGAAAGGAAAAACACUUGAUGAAUGUUAUGCUGCAGUAGCAAAAGUAGCAGACUAUUGGCUGGAUGUUCUUUAUAGCAAGGCUGCCAAUAUGCCUGAUUCUGAAUUAUUUGAACUGAUUGCUGAGAAUCGCAGUAUGUCUCGAAAACUUGAAGAUUAUGGAAGUCAGAAAUCUACUUCUAUUAGUACAGCUAAGAGAUUAGCAGAGUUUCUUGGAGAUCAAAUGGUCAAGGACACUGGUCUUGCCUGCAGAUUUGUUAUUUCUAAAAAACCAGAAGGAUCACCAGUUACAGAGAGAGCUAUUCCAUUGGCUAUAUUCCAAGCAGAGCCUACCAUCAAAAGACAUUAUCUCAAAAAGUGGCUCAAAAUUUCUGAUGCUACAAAUUUAGACAUAAGAGAUAUUUUGGAUUGGGAAUACUAUGUAGAAAGACUUGGUGGAUGUAUUCAGAAAAUUAUAACCAUUCCAGCAGCUCUUCAAUCUGUUUCAAACCCAGUUCCCAGAAUUCCUCACCCAGACUGGCUUAGAAAGAAACUGCUAGACAGAAACGAUGUUUUUAAGCAGAAAAAAAUCAGUGACAUUUUUGCUCCCUCUGCACAACGUGCUUCAUCAAAGAACAAUGCAAAGCAUAAUAUAGAAGAGGUAGAAUCAGGACCAGUGGCUGACAUUGAGGAUAUUGCAGGCACCAGUCAAUCAGUUCCUGCACAGUGUAAGGUGCCUGUGUCCAACAAAAGGAAAAGAGAUCAAAGUCAUGACGAGGCCAACACACAUGAUGGACCACAAGACUGGAGGACAGAAUUAGGACCAAUGCCUCCAUUUGGGAAAACUAAAGAGGAACGAAAGAUUUGGGUUGAAUACCAGAAAAAGAAAUGGGCUAUCCAGCGUCAGAUUAGGCAAGAAAACAAAAAAAGACGAAUGGAUGAUGACAAUUUCAACUUUGAUGUUAGAAACAGACCAUCAAGAGAUUUGACAGGGUUUUUGAGAAAAACUGCUCGAUCAAUGAUGGACAUGCCAUGGCAGAUUGUUCAGAUAAUAGAAACCUCUCAUCCUGGCCAGUUCAAGUUAUGGGCCUUGAUUGGCUCAGAUCUACACUGUAUAAAGCUCAAUGUCCUCAGGACAUUUUAUGUUAACCAGAAGACUCCUAAGGAAGGAGAAGGAACUACAUGGAAAAAAGUGCAUCGCACUUUGCCUAGAUCUCAUCCAGUGUUUCAUUUGUAUCAAUAUGAUGUUCCAGAACAUAUCUAUAUCAAACACAUAAAUGAUAUCACUGCUGACCUGUCAUCUCCGGACAUAGAAGGUGUUUAUGAAACACAAGUCCCUUUAGAGUUCCGAGCCAUUAUGAAGCUGGGCUGCUUGGCCACUGUCAAUCGGGAGUUUGCCAGAUCAAUGGAAGGAAGAGAAACAGACACAUUUGAUGUCAACAAUCUAAACUUCCGCAGUGUGGCUCAGUUUCCAUAUUUGAAUCCUGGGUCUAUGAAGCACUUGUUCCUAUACCAUCAUAAGUGUGGUAAUAAAGCUUUCUUUGGCCUUUUCAACCCUGCUGGGAAGGCAGCAUCCAUUUUUGUUUUUGAUACUGCGAUAGGAGACCAGAUGCCAAGCUUGGGGCCAAUGUACAAUGCUGAAAGAAAUUCAAAACUUGCUCAAGGGACUGCUGAAGAUAUGCUGCCUCCUGCUGGUUUAAAUUUUAAUGUUAAUUUAAGUAAAACUGUGAAUGAGAAACAAAAGUUUAAUCAACUUCAGAGGCUGCUGGUGGAUUACAAGAGAGAGAAGAGAGGACCAACCUUCAUUGCUGUACAAAGUGCUUAUGAUUUGAAUCACUUAAUAACUCUGUUACCUGAACUGGGAAACUUUCCUUUAGUUCCUAUUCACAUUUCUGAUAGCACAUCACUUUACAAUGUACUGGACUGGCAGCGAGUUGGCUCCAAGAGAAUGUUACAACAUUAUGUCAAUAGUAACUUGUACAUUCAGACAUUGUUGGAGCAGGCCCGAUAUCUUCAUGUUCCACUUGGAAAUAUUCCUCAAGAUUUUACACUUUAUGGCUGUGAUCUUUUUUUGGCUCGGUUAGCUAUGAAACAUAACCACAUACUUUGGGCAUCCCCUACAAGUCGUCCUGAUUUAGGUGGCAAAGAGGCAGAUGACAAUAGACUUUGUAUGGAGCUAGAAGAAAGUAGUGUUGUAGAAAUCAACAAUCCUGGUGCUUACAGUUCUGUCUGUGUGGAUGUAGAGCUCACCAGUCUGGCUGUCAAUACUAUUGUGGAGUCUGGACAUAUUAAUGAGCUAGAAGGAGCUAGUGGUGUCAGUUUUGAUGCUCCCCAAGUCUCUCUAGAAGAAAUGAUUCAAGGUCAAGGUGCUGCCACAAUGCUUGCUAGUUAUGAUGAAACAGCUUUGUGUGCCACAACUUUCAGAAUAUUGAAGAUGAUGGUACAGGGUUGGUUGAAAGAUGUCAUGUCGCAUCAGAAUCAUCAUGCUGACAACCAGCUCAUUCACUUUUACAGAUGGAUCCGGUCACCAAAUGCCCUAUUAUAUGACCCAGCUUUGAGAAGAACGUUACACAAUUUGAUGAAGAAGGUUUUCAUGCAGUUAAUUGCUGAGUUCAAGAGACUUGGAUCUGUGGUUGUGCAUGCCAACUUCAACCGUUUGAUUGUCUGCACCAAGAAGCGCAACAUUAAUGAUGCUAUAGCAUAUAUAGAAUACAUCACAACAUCCAUCAGGAGCAGAGAACUCUUUCAGAUGAUUGGUAUUGACUUUGAUAAGUGCUGGGAGUUUUUGAUCUGGAUGGAUCCUGCCAACAGAGGAGGAGUGUUUGGUAAGACUGAGUCCAAAGAAGCUACAGAAAGUCAAGAAGAUGAAUCAGAUGAAGAGAAAGAUGAAGAUGAAGACAUUCAAUCUAGGACAGACAUGCAUUGGAAUAUUGCCAGUUUUUUACCAGAAUCAGGAGCAUGCCAAACCAAUUUCAAUAUGUUAAUAGCUGGCUAUAUUCUAGCUGUAUAUAAACAAAUUCAUGAAGAUUCCAAACUAACACCUGGCAGUACACCUGUGAAGAGAAAAUCAAACAGCCAGUCUCAGAAAGCUGUAGAUGUUACAACACUGCCAUCUUUAGUUUCUUUUUCUCAGAAUUUAAUUCAAGAAGAGUUCUCUCAACAUAUGUUUGCAUUGACACAAAAAAUCAAGAAAAAACUCCCAAGCUCCCAUGUUGGUGCUACUGAUGUUUUCCCUCAUCCUCCAGGCUCACACUUGAAAUUAACUAAUCCAGCACUUGAGUUUAUCAAGUAUAUCUGUGAGAUUCUGGCUCUUGACAGUAACAUAACUCUUCAAGUGAAGAAAUUAAAAAGAGAUUUGCUGAAACUGAUUGGUGUUGGAGAGUUUUCUCCUGAAGCAGAGUUUGUCAAUCCAUGUCUGUCUUUUGUCUUACCUGAGAUGAUCUGUAAAAGCUGUAGUCUAAUACAUGAUCUAGAUCUAUGUCGUGACAUCAGUGUAGAGAAAGGAGCAGAUACUCCAAAUUCCUGGGUGUGUCCACAAUGUCAUACUGAAUAUGAUUCUUUGGAAAUAGAACAAAUUUUAGUUGAUGUGGUCCAGAGAAAGUCAAUGGCCUAUGUUCUUCAAGAUCUGACUUGCUGCAAGUGUAAAGAGGUGAAAGAUACCAACAUGGUGCUUCACUGUAAAUGUGCUGGAGACUUCAAGACCACUUAUGAUCUUAGUGAAUUGAAGAAACAUUUGUUAACAUUACAAGAUAUUGCCAGACAUUAUAAAAUGACAUUGUUGGAAGAAAUGAUUGACUGGAUGAUACGGAUGUGAACUUGAAAAUAGACUUGACACAUUCUUACUUUCUAGUACAAGGGCAACUUGUAACUUAUGUUUUUGUAAUAUAAUGUUUUAACAAAUAUUUUCAUGAUUGUCAAAUAUUAACAUUGAUGUGAAAGAUAUUAUGGAUGUAUGUAUUAUGUGACUUGAAUAAAUCAAUUAAUGUUAAUUUAUGACAUUUUUAAACCAAUGUAAUACAUUUUAUGCUCAAAUCUGUAACAGAAAUAAUCUCCAUUUAGUCAACAUGACUUAUUGUACCUAAGAUAUUUCAAACAUUUUGAAGUGCUGAUACUAAUAAUAAAAUUACCUUUAAAAUUGGAGAGAAUGUACUAUAUAAUUUUGAAGUACAAAAAAAAAAUGACUGUUAGCUUGAUAUUUUUAAUGUUAAAAUGUGUGUACCUUUGAACUUUUACUAAAUGAAGAAACUAUGUAACUGCCUUACACCUGAAAGGUUCACAUCCUACCUUUUAAUAGCCCUGGAUGGUUAAAUAAAGAAAUGUUUCAACCAAUAAUUAAAGAUGAUUUAAACAAACAGAAAUAAGUUCUUGGAACACAUUCACAACUACUUCUUACAUAAAGAGAAAAUUGUCACUGAAACAUUUCUCUCUUUUGUCCACUGUUUUUCGAUAAUCUUUCAACAUUAGAGAAUGCAAAUAAAUAUCUAGAUCUUGAGGAGCUCUGAGUAAAAGGUUUCUUUUUAAAUGAUGUGAAUAUAUGUAAAUAAAAACAAUUAAUUAAAGUUCCCCUUUCAGACCUAGUGAUCUAUGGGGCAGAUGAUGUUAAGGCCAUCUGUUUCUGUAACCCACAAUUAACGAGAGUGUCAUGUGGCCAGCACAACGACCAACCGACAUUACUUUUUCCCAACUAAUGUCAGGUACCCAUUAAAGCUGGGUAGACUCGGAGGCACCCUGAAGAUCCCAAAUGUAAAAAUCCCAGUGUUCAUACCUGGAACCCCAGUUUGGGAGCCAAUCGCUUUACCACUCAGCCACUGGGCCAGGUAUGUGAAUACCUAUUCAUAAAGGAGCAAGUAAAAAAUAAACAAAACAUCUUUCUGCUAUUUAUGACUUAGAUGAAAGAUUGAAUUCGAUUGAGUCAAAAUUUGCAACUGCAACAUAAUUAGUUACUGGCUUAUUGGGCUGAGGUCACUCAUGUAGGUGUGUAUUCUUUAGUCAAGCCUUCUAAUUGAGAUUAAUCUCCUAGUAAGCUAAGUCAGCACACCUGGCUUGUAGUCCAGCUGCUUAAUUAAGAUUUUUUGCAAAUUAAGCAACUCAUCACCCAGUUGUGACGAGAUGUUAAUUAGUUAAUAUUUGGCUUGUUUGUUUAGGUCUAGGGGAAAUUUGAUUAAUUUUAUCCCGCUCACAUAUAAGAUUUUGUACAGGCACACCGCAACUAACAGUAAGAACAGACCAAUAUUAUAAGUUUAUAAAUAAAUAUAAUUUAAUGAAUGAAAGCUUACAAAAGAAAAA